CACGUGGUGUACAUGGUGUAUAUAAGUUCCACCUAAAGGCGCGACUUUUUGAAGUGCGGAGAUCCUGAGUCACAGAUGCAGAAGUCUUUGGUGCGUUGUCGAGACGACGGUGGGGUACCCUGUGAGUGAGAGAUACAGAGCUCUGGGAAGUCUCUCGUGUCUUGUUAGUGGGGCAUCUUGAGAGGGGGGAAGACGAUGCCUUUAUAAAAAGAAGACAAUGUCUGCAAAAUACCAAAAAAAUGGACUGUCCAGCUAAGAUCUUUGUGUAUCAUUUAAUUAGUUUUCAUGACUUCCAGCUGGAAAGAGACAGUACAAGAAACAGAAAAGUAACUGUGCAAACACUUAAAAAUGGGUUUGAGCAAAAUAUUGACAAGGAUAAAGGUACCCACAGUUACAUGAUAAAAUUUCCAAAAUUAAGUGACCAUAAGAACCAUGCUACGUCAGGCAAGUUGGCAAACAUCAGAGAAAAAGUUGACCCAAGAGUAAGAAAUAAAAUUGUGGAACUGUACCGAAGUGGUGUCAGGAAAGCAAUUGAAAUUAAAAGACACACUGACACAUAUGUUCGUCAUGAGCUCUUUCCUAGUGGUGAUCUUCCUGAAGCCUCAAGAAGAAGGUUCUAUCCAACGCAGAAAGAUAUUUCAAAUCUUAUGUCCAAAGAUAGAUAUGAAGGAAAAAAUUCAGUGCUUGACCAGCAAAAUGUUGUUGAUCUUCUAAACAACUGGAAACAAGAAAAAGCAAUAAAUAUGUUUUUCCGCCCACACACCAUUAAAAUAAAUGGAGAUGGUCACAUUUUCUGUUUUGCUAUCAAACAGAAUGGCAGCAAAGGCUUUUGCAGAAAUAUGGUAAUUAAAUUACACUGCUAGAUGCAACCUACCGAAAAACAAGAUCUGCUUUUCCACUGUUUUUUCUCUGUGUCAGAACAAAUGUUUGUUAUGCUGUGGUUGGAGCUUUUGUGGUGCAACAGGAAACUGCAGCACAUAUAGAGGAGGCCUUGCAGAUGUUUAAAACCUGGAACAAAAAAUGGAAUACCAAAUAUUUCACGGUAGAUUUCUGCCUUGAAGAAAAAUCCACUGGCCUUGACUUGGGCAAUUCACUCUAAGAAACUAGGAACAGAUUUGUAGGGAAAAUGCCCAUAUUUUGAUGGUAUUGUCCUCAUACAACCGAUAAAAUUACUCAAAAAAUAUUUACUGACCACCAUUAAUUCAUGUCUUCUGUGCAUUUUCAGUUGGAAUCAGCACCACCUAAAACUGUAGCAGCUGUAAAUGCAUAAAUGGGUAAAGGAAGCAGAGGUUUUGGUCAAACCCUUGAAGUUCCCAGGAAUGUUACAAAGUUAUUUUUUUAAUGACCAUUCAUUUAAUCUUCUAUUUUUUUUUUAAAUAGAAGUUUAAUGUAGCAUCACCCUUGAUAAUUAGAGAACUUUAUUUUGGUAAAUAAUGGAUUGGAGUUCCAAAGGUGUUUUUGUUAAAUAAUUCAGUUUAUCAUCAUCAUUGGUUAUAUAGUGCUAGCAAAUUACACAGUUCUUCACAUUAAUUUAUAACAAAUGAGUCUUACAAUAAUUUAACAGAAUAAAAAUGGUGUCAGAGGGUCCUACUCACAAGAGAAAUGGAUGAUGAAAACAAUUGUUGAUUCUUAAUGAUAAUGGUAGAAAGUUCCAGGAACAGGCAGAAGCCAGGAAGAGAAGAAGAGAGGCAAAGGUAAGAAGCAGAGUUUAGAUUCCAUGAAGGAAAUGAGAUACAGGGUUGGACUACAUUAAGGGCACUGAAUGUGAACUUCACUAUUUUAAAUUGGAUUCAAGAUUAAGAUAGAUGAAUGAGUCUAGCAGCAGUUUUAAGAAGAGAUUUAAGUUGUAAAAGAGAUUAUGUUGAAAUGCCUGCCAGGAGUAUUAUUAACUAAUAUUUAUAAAGCACCAACAUAUUCUUCAGUGCUAUAAUGGGUGUAUGAAGAUACAGAUACAAUGAAGAUACAGAUUACUAUACAAAAACAGCAACAAACCAGUACAAGAGGUAAAAGGUCAUGGCCAAAAGAGCUUACAAUCUAAAUUGCAGUAGUCAAGGAAGGAAAUAAUAAGAAACAGCCUGUUGUAGACAGUGGACAUAUAGGGCCUAGUCUAGAGGCCAAUGAGACCAGGAUAUAGCCCCCAAGACCACAGGGCAACAAAAAAGGUAUAAUGUGACUCCCGAAUUUUCAUAAAAAUCAUAAACAUGUAUUUAAUACAUCAUAUGAAAAAAUACAUGCAUACCCCAUUGUGCUCUGCCUUACAUCUUUCAUACCUUCCGGUACUUAUGCAGUACUUAGGCAGUAAAGAAUCAAGAUGCGGUAGAAUAUUUAAAAGAGAAAAAGGUCCACCCAUCAUUACAUAAAACCUUUUUGUCUACUAUUCCUAACUUAGUGUUCUGGAAGUCCAUUCUUUUCACUGAAUUGGCUGGUAAAUCUUAGAUUGAAUUAAUUAACUUCAAUCUUUAAAAUUUUUAAUGUUUCAAAAAUCUUCUGAUGGCAGGGUGGUCAGGAGAUUUGUUCAUAACAUUAACAGUUUUUGAUGCUCCUGGGGGCUAUAUCCUGGUCUUAUUGGGCUCUAGAGAAGGCCCUCUAUGUCCCUUGUCUACAACAGGCUGUUCUAAACUUUUCAGUGGAAUUGCUUUCUUUUGUUUCUUUCCAUUUUUGCAACACUUAUUAUUAUAGGGCUAUAAGGGGAAUGUCCUCAAAGCCAGAUAUUUUACAACCUCCACUUAGGAGACCAGAUAAUUGAGCCGGGAGUAAAAAGAACUGACUGCUGGUAGAGACUCCACUGCUGAUCGCAGGGGCAAGCUGAGUCCAACAACAUGACACAAAAUAAAAAUCCAGUGCCAGCUGCAAGAAAAUAAAGAGCUGGCAGACUGAGACCAGCUUUUGUUGGCCUUUAUUUAUUGAUGCAACAGAUGGCCAAUAUUGUGCCCUACAUCAUAAGUGACCUGCCUGGAGCUAAGUGCCCCUGGGCACAACUAAAAUCUGGUGAGCUUUAUAAAUGUUUUUUAAUACACAGUGUAUGAAGACUUGAGCUAAUAAUCUCCUAAGCGAAAUGUCUGGGGCAUAUUGCACCCAGGCCUCUAAUUUAUCCUGGUAAGCUUAACCAUUUAACCUAAAAAAUUAUAUUUGAACACAGCACUCAAAGUGCAUAGCCUGGGGAUUUGAGCACUCUUACAUAAAGGGUCAGCAUUGCAUAAAUUGGUUAUCUUCCCUAGAGUAUACUAUGCAUUAUAUUUAGCUUCCAUAAAUAAAGUUUAUGUGGGGUAGAUUGGAAAGACUAUAGUAUUUUAUAUCUGUGACUCAAAUGUGUAAAUAAAUCUUAUUUAACUGUAUAUUGUAUACUAGGUCUAUGUAUAUUGUGAUAGACAUUUGCUAUAGUCUUUACAGUGGGCUGAACAUUUGCUGUUGUAAAGCACUAUGCACUAUUAAAUUUUUUCAUUAAAUACUACAAGACAGCUAAGUUUACAUGAAAAAUAAAUGUGGGGGUUACCAUCACCAUGGAAACAUGUAUUAUUUGAUUUUGGAGUCCCAUUCUGUCCAAUUUUGAACUAAGAUUAUUUAGUUAAUUGUAUUCUUAGCCAUUACAGAUCAGUACAUUCAAUUUAAUGAAAAAAAGUAAUUAUUUUGCAAUCUCUAAAAUUCUGUGUAUAGCACAAUUUUUUCCUUGCAAGGAAAACUUUGGAAAGUGACGUAACGCAUUUGUUUUCCCAAAAAUAUACAAUAAAAACAAUAAAAAUACACUGCAAACUUUCGGAGCUCUAAGGCCAUUGGCUAAUAAGGUACUACAGUUUUUGUUUUGUGAUUGUAAUGAGACUGGGAUCCAAUACCUUUUAUAACUAAAUAGUUGCUCUGGGGACAUGAUAACAUUUCUACUAAGCACUACCCUAUUCCUACUAAAACAUAAUUAUUUCCUUUUUAAAUCCUGUUAUUAUCUGGACAGCAAUGGGUAAAAAUUUGACCCCCUCCUACGCCAACCUAUGUAUGGGUUGGUGGAAGAAAAUCCCCAUCUCUGCACAUAUGAGGAAACAUCUAAACCUUUAUUUGCGCUAUAUUGAUAAUUUUCUAUGUAUAUGGCAAAGUGAUAAACACCACUGAAUCAAAUAUAAGAUUUCAGUGAAGAAAGAAUGGAGUUCCUGGACACUGAGUUAGGAAUAGCAGACAAAAAGGUUUUAUGUAAUGAUGGGUUGAGCUUUUUCUCUUUUAAAUUCUCUACGGCAUCUCGAAUCCUUACUGCCUAUGAAUAAGUACCUGAAGGUCUACCAAUAUCCGCAGCCAUUUGUGAAAUCGGUUGCCUCGCCAAGUCACCAUACACGCACCGAAUAUUGUACGAAGCGAGGUUUUGUGCGAUAUCAUCAGUGCGUGUAUGGCCAGCUUUAGACUGUAAGCUCCUUCGGGCAUGACCUUCUACCUCUUGUAUCGGUUUUCAGCUGUUUUUGUAUGUUAAUCUGUAUUUUCAUUGUAAACACCCAUUUAUUGUAUAGCACUGCGGGAUAUGUUGGCACUUUAUAAAUAUGAGUUAAUAAUACUCCUGGCAGGCAUUCCAACAUACUUCAG